UAUUAGAUACAACAACUCACCUGGUGAUAUUCAUGAAAUAAUUAGAGAAAUUGCAGUAUUAUUAUUAUAUACUGAUUGUUUUGAAAAAAACUCACUUCAUUUAUCUAAAGAAGAACUAGAUAAUACUGAACCUCUUGAUCAACUCAUAGAAAGAAUACAACAAAUCCCAAACGCUUAUACUCAAUUAAACCCUCUAGUAGAAUUACCAUUUUAUAAUAAUCAGAUAGAUACUUCUGAUUUAUUAUUUAAUACUUCCUUAUUGACAACCCUAUACCCACCACCUUUAAACAAUCCUCUUUUAUUUAUAAACCAAACAAUGGCUACAACAACUGAUGAUAUCAUGAACUACCUUAAGGCAAAUACCAGUGAAUCCCUUCUGCUUAAAGUAGAGCCAUUUACUGGUGAUGAUGAAUUAUUCUAUAAUCUCUGGAUUAAUAGUGAAACUACACCUGCUUUUUAUCUAAUGCAGAUAUUAGAAAAAAAGAUUUAUACAAUAGAUGAUUCUAAAUUUAAUAUAAAUAAAGAACUUACUAAAGAGCAACAAGAACAAGCAAGUCAAUUCUUAACAAACAAUAUUGAUAUUUUCUUAGAAAAUAUCUUAGAAAAAAGGACAAUCUAA